GUCUGGUAGGUUGUCAGGGGCACAUACUACAAUAAGCUAGCUAACGUUAGCCGUCUACAUGAAAGAUGGAUUAUCCCAUUGCAAGUUCAGUCCUUUCGGAUAUUUUACACGGUCAUAGAUAGUGUUGUUGCCUUUUAUUGUAUCUAAAGGAAAACAACCUCGAAUAACCUGUGUCGUGUCUGAAGAAGGCAGGCUCACUCGCUUAGCUAACCUACUUGUACUUGCAUGCUAGCUAAGCUAGAUGGGUGAAAUUAAUGUCAGUAGCUAGCUACUUAAUUAGCCAUCUCUGCAUGUAUGAUGCUGUUGUCAGCUAUCGUUACCAUUAGCUAACGCUAGCACAUAGUGGCAGAACAGCCAGUUAGCUAUCUUGUAAAGAAGCCAGCAUAUGUAAAUCUCCACGAAUAUCCAGCCAGACAUUUAGCUAGUCAUGGAUUAUAGCAAUCGACAUAUCCAUUCAGAAAUGGAUGAUGAAUCUCAGGAAAGCAUGGAUGCGUGUGGCGACUCAACACCGUAUGUGCCCCCGCAUCUCCCCCCAAUGCCCCGCCGAGAGCGGCUUCAGAUUCAGAAGAGCAGUGUCUGCUCCCGGGCUUACUUCGUGGUGGUCAUGGUCUUCUUCCAUGUUUACAUUAUAAACAUCAUUGGCCUGUUGUUCUACGUACACUACAAUAACAGUCCGGCGGAUAUUGUCAGCGCGGACCGGGACACAUCGGCAUCUACCAGCGGGGUUGACAGCCGCCUGUCCCCGCCAGACCCACCUCAGCAAGACCCUGACUUGGAUGUCCGUCAGAGCUUCAGUCUACCACGCAUCGAGGGGAUACGGGUGAGGAGAUAAUGAGGCGCCCUAAUACUAUUACUAUCAUGUCAUAAAACAAAACGAGCGGUGUGCAUCCAGUUGUAGUGCCACCGGAAGAUAAAAAUAAUAUGCCAGCCAAGUUCGAUCGCAGUGGUCCGCGCGCCCGCAAUUUUCUAACUUUGCGAACUGGCUAGAACCAGAGAGGAAGAGUCGAAGCCAAUAUAUAGUUAGAUCAUCUUUGCUACAAUAAUUCGUCCAACCUAGCUCAAUGCAUCCAUUGGAGGGAGGGGUCGACGGUGGAAAGUAAACAUACAUCUAUCUGCCUUUUCACUCAUUCGAACAAAAUUGCACUUUUUUUGUUUUGACGUUCCAGUAGUUCUGAUAAUUAGUAUUGAGUACUAGUGGUGGGACGUCAAAAAGUGCAACGUCGUUCGAAGGAGCGAAAAGGCUCAACGGCAGCUAGCUGUUAACCGUCAAGCUAGCUAGUUAGCUGUGGUUGUUAGCCACACGGCAUAGCUUGCACAGAAUUCCACAUUCAUUGGUUUAUUUAGCUAGCUAGCUACCUUUGCUUCUACUAUCCAGCUGGACACUCAAAUCAGUUUAUUAGCAAGCUAGCUACAUCCCCCUAGCUACAGUAGCUAGCUUUGUUAGCCAGUUAGCACAUAGCUAGUAGCCUUAGUCCUCAUAAUGUUCAAUAAAUUAGCCUACAAACUUAGUUGCUUGAAGCAAAUCUCUUGUUUUCAAAAGUUAUCAAACCAACUUCGCAUUAAAGUUUAUUGUUAUGGCAAACCAUCAAUGAAUGACCAAGUAUUGGCAAAGUUAGUCUGUAGAUGGCGGUCGUGCUACCGUCGUCAACAGAAAAGCUGCCUAUAUUUUCUGAAGAAAAUUGUGGUGCUUGGUAGAAGCGGCACGUUCCAUCUCACAUAGUGGCCUCUACUGUGUCGGAGUGUUAUAGGACCGAACUCAACGACGAGGCGCAUAUGGUAUACUGCGAAAGGGUUUGCGAAGAGCGUCUUUCUGUCUGCGAAGACCACCACCCUAACAAACACUUCGUUUUGAUCAUGCCCAAGGCUUUACAAUAUUAAUGUAGACUAUGUUUCCUCAGGUGGGUCAUGUCCAGAGGGUGUCACUCAAGCCUGACAGAAUCCACGAGAUGAAGACUCUCAGCCUCAAGCCUCUGCUUUUUGGUAAGAAUGGCACCUUUUACCCUUUAGGGCAGGUUUUUUUCCUCACACAUUGUGUUUAGGAUAUAUCUCUGUUAUUCAAAUGCUUUAAGAAUAAUAUGAUUGAUGACACUGCUAGACAUUACAUUUACAUUUUAGUCAUUUGCAGACGCUCUUAUCCAGAGCGACUUACAGUUAGUGAGUGCGUACAUUUUCAUACUGGCACCCGGUGGGAAUCGAACCCACCACCCUGGCGUUGCAAGCGCCAUGCUCUACCAACUGAGCUACACGGGACAUCACCCAUCUUACACGACCAAUGAAAACUGACAACCCAAACCGCAUCAAUAACAUCAUGAAUGAAUGCAAGCUCAACACUUUGAAAACACUAAUUUAAUUUCAGUCAACCUCUUACAAAUAUAGAUCAGUGAUAUUUACUUAUAAUUUAUAGAUAUGUACAUUUGCAGGAAACACAGAAGGUCUUCUCCUUUGCAGCGUCCUCUCCUGAGCUCAGGAUGGUGCUCUCUGAAACAUCCAGCUAUCCAAGGAUGUGAUUAAAAUCCAGGAAGUCUAUCAUAGAAAUGUACCCGCCCCCAAACAACCUCCUCUCGCUCUACUGAUGUUGUAUGGUGUUCUAAUCACAUCCCUGACUCUGUACACCUAGGCCUAUAGCUCUGCUCAGGCCCAUUUCAGACCUCAAGUUCAGCUCCACUUCUUCUAGCCCUAGCCCCUGCUAGCCUCUACAUCGGUGCUGUUUCCACUUGCGGGCUGCAGCCAUCAGGUUCCUGGCGCGUUUGUUCCAGGCGAAGGCCUUGUUGACCACCAGCCAUUCCCCCUGCACCGUGCCCGUCACCAGGAAGGUCCCUCCUCUGGGCUGGCGCCGCGUCAUGUUCCGUACGCAGCUGGCGUCUCUCUCCAGCCACAGCUGCAGGCGGGAGCGGAUCUGUCCUCCCAGGAGAGGCCCGUGCUUCAGGACCUGCAGACGAGAGGCCAGGGAGAACUGGGCCAGACUCACCUGACUGGAUUUUAGCCGCGUGAGACGCAGUUUCACCACUGGGGACACAGAGGGCAGCAGAGAGACAGAGAUAAUUGCGUUAGGGUGGGUAGGUAGGGUACAUCUCAAUAUUUGAUCUGGGUAUUGUCAAUAGGGAGGACAGAGAAACAUUGGAAUACAUAAUCUGAACCAACGUCUGUACAAUAGGAAUAUAAUAGGGGAGGAGAGUGUAGGUCUGCUUACCAAAGUCACUCCUACAGAAUGUUUCCAGCACGUCCUUGGCAGACGAGGCCUCCUCCAGCUCACAGUCUCGACAGCUGGCCUGGGGCACUGCUGAAACAGUCAUCACAGACAUGUCCAAUCAGAGUUCUUAGUCUGACGAGGACAGUAGAAAACGGAGCAUCUUAUGUAAUAGUGUGUGUGUCUCUCACCUCUGCGCCCCCCUGUGCUGGUGCUGGUGUUGGUGACAGAGGAGAUACACAUGAGGUGGUCGGCAGGAAACUGGUCACAGCGAAGGAUGUCUGGCCAGGGGUAACCAUAGCAACCCAUGAUGGGCGCGCAGCUGUCCCGCACUGACUCACACAGACUCCGACAUGGAGAGACGAACCUGCCCAGGAGAGAGGGAAUGAGAAAAUAGAUGCAAGAACAGAGAGGGGUAGUCAGGAGGAGAAAAAGAGGAAGUUGCUAGUGAAUGGAUGAAGAGAUCCAAAUCAAUAAAGGAGAAGUUGUGGAGGAAGAAAGAUAAUGCUACACCCUAUCAGAUAACAUUUAGAAACAUUUGUUUCUCCUUUUUUAACCCAAUGUUUUCUCUCUUUAAAAAACGGCACAACCCGGGGCAGACUGGGACCAGAAAUCGGCCCUGGGAUUUCUAACACACCAGCCCAUUUUUUCCCUUAGCCCUUUACACUCGUACCCGUAUACGGGUUGAAAAUGGCAGAUGUGGGCACUGAUAAACGUCUAAAUUGGAAUGCAGUGGCUGUACAGUAAUGCUAUACAUGACAUCAGAGCUCUGGCUCUGGGCUUCACAGUGAUGUAUUGGUUUUGACUGAGCGCCAUUCUGAACUUGAGCACCUCGCGUGACAAGAAGUUGCCACAAUCCCUCCUGCUAAUUGGGCAACUUCAGCAAAAAAAAAAAUCUGAAUGAGGGAAAUGCUGUAAAUUAAGAGGACUAUAUGUGUUUUGAAAGAUGAGAUGUUGAGGAUUAUAAUAGAUAUCGCUUUGAUGUUAUAAAAGCAAGCCAAACACCCAUGAGUCCAAAUGUGCACUCAACAUUUCCAUAUCAUAAAACUCAAGUCAUAUACAGUGUCAACGUUUAUGAUCACUAUGUUUGAGGUACAGUUACAAGAUGACAAGUCGUCAUACCCUGGGUUGUUCUGAACCGAAUGAACCUAUGUUAGUCUAAUUGUUUUGAUCACGCGGACUGGGAUAUGUUCCGGGUAGCUUGCGAAAAUAAUUUAGACGAAUACACUGAAACGGUGACUGAGUUUAUCAGGAAGUGUAUAGGGGAUGUUGUGCCCAUUGUGACUAUUAAAACUUACCCUAACCAGAAACCGUGGAUAGACGGCAGCAUUCGCACAAAACUGAAAGCGCAAACCACCGCAUUUAACCAUGGCAAGGUGACUGGGAAUAUGGCAGAAUACAAACAGUGUAGCUACUCACUCCGCAAGGCAAUUAAACUGGCAAAACAUCAGUAUAGAGACAAAGUGGAGUCGCAAUUCAACGGCUCAGACACGAGACGUAUGUGGCAGGGUCUACAGACAAUCACGGACUACAAAAGGAAAACCAGCCACGACACCGUUGCUUCCAGACAAGCUAACACCUUUUUCGCCCGCUUUGAGGAUAACACAGUGCCACCGACGCGGCCCACUACCAAGGACUGUGGCCGACGUGAGUAAGACAUUUAAGCAUGUUUACCCCUGCAAGGCUGCCGGCCCAGACGCCAUCCCUAGCCGCGUCCUCAGAGCAUGCGUAGACCAGCUGGCUGGGGUGUUUACGGACAUAUUCAAUCUCUCCAUUUCCCAGUCUGCUGUUCCCACAUGCUUCAAAAUGGCCACCAUUGUUCCUGUACCCAAGCAAAGGUAACUGAACUAAAUGACUAUCGCUCCGUAGCACUCACCUCUGUCAUCAUGAAGUGCUUUGAGAGACUAGUCAAGGAUCAUAUCACCUCUACCUUACCUGUCACCCUAGACCCACUUCAAUUUGCAUAUCUACAAUAUCUACAAUUUUGCAAUCGCCAUCACACUGCACACUGCCCUAUCCCAUCUGGACAAGAGGAAUACCUAUGUAAGAAUGCUGUUCAUUGACUAUAGCUCAGCUUUCAACACCAUAGUACCCUCCAAGCUCAUCAUUAAGCUCGAGGCCCUGGAUCUGAACCCCGCCCUUCUUCACAGUGUGGUGAAGAAGGCGCAACAGAGUCUCUUCAACCUCAGGAGGCUGAAGAAAUUUGGCUUGGCACCUAAAACCCUCACAAACUUUUACAGAUGCACAAUUGAGAGCAUCCUGUCGGGCUGUAUCAACUGCACCGCCCGCAACCGCAGGGCUCUCCAGAGGGUGGUGCGGUCUGCCGAACGCAUUACCGGGGGCAAACUACCUGUCCUCCAGGACACCUACAGCACCCAAUGUCACAGGAAGGCCAAAAAGAUAAUGGACAUCAACCACCCGAGCCACUGCCUGUUCACCCUGCUACCAUCCAUAAGGCGAGGUCAGUACAGGUGCAUCAAAGCUGGGACCGAGAGAAUGAAAAACAGCUUCUAUCUCAAGGCCAUCAGACUGUUAAAUAGCCAUCACUUGCACAUUAGAGGCUGCUGCCUAUUGAAAUCACUGGCCACUUUAAGAAAUGAAACACUAGUCACUUUAAUAAUGUUUACAUAUCUUGCACUACUCAUCUCAUGUAUAUACUGUAUUCUAUUCUAUAAUAUUCUACUGUAUCUUAGUUUAUGCCGCUCUGUCAUUGCUUGUCCAUAUAUGUAUAUAUUCUUAAAUUCAAUUCAUUACUUAGAUUUGUGUGUAUUAGGUAUAUGUUGUGAAAUUGUUAGAUAUUACUUGUUAGAUAUUACUGCACUGUCGGAGCUAGAAGCACAAGCAUUUCGCUACACCCGCAAUAACAUCUGCUAAACACGUGUAUGUGACAAAUAAGAUUUGAUUUGAUUUGUCAAGAAAAUUUGCCGCUGCACAAGCACCUGAAUGCACUCAUGACUCCUUUUCUAUGCGCACCAAAAUGAUCUGUUUCCCUGAAUUGCCUUGUGAAAGCCUAACACUGUAAGAUCAUAUUUUAUAACUUAACUGGUCAUGUUGGUAAUAGAACAAGCUUUCAGAUUAUGCCCACAUGACCCAGAUUGCGAUUUAUAAUGGACCGGUUUUGGAUUGCGUAAACAACAACAGUAAUUGUGUGAUGGCGGGGAUGCAGGGUUGUGUUCCAAACGAAACGACUACAAGUGUGCUUGUUGUAGUUCCUCACCAGCACAGCUAGGAGAGCUCAAAGCACCUUAUAGUUGAAAUUGCUUAGGAACUGAGCACACUUUGGAGAGGUGUGUGGCCACUUAGAGACCCCAGUUAGUCCUCUCACUCAAACCCUUGUCAUUUUUCUGUCUUAUGUUGCACUUACCUCACAUUUUCCAGGAAUAUUCUUAUCAUGUUGCUGAAUGUAUCCAAAGUAUUUUCAGAUUUCGUUAUCAACAAAUUCAGCGAAAAGUAGAUUAAAUGUAAAAUGCACAUAAAAUCAGUCUUGUGUCAGGUGAACUAUUGUGUCCUCAACUUUGGUCUAAUACGUUUCCCCAUAAUCUCCUUUCAAUUGCUACCAUGGUUAUGCUUUUCAUAUUUCUUCUGUAAGAAACAUUUCAAUUUAGCCCUAUCCAUAUAGGUCAAUUCCCACAAGUGUAAAGGGUUAAGGGCCCCAUUACUAGCCAGAUAAUUACACAUUUUCACAAAAAAACCAAGUUGCCCGAAAUGCCAGAUGGCCAGUCCGCCCCUGAGCACAACUCAAAGGAGAUGAGGGGCCUUUCAUGGCCUGAAGGUUGUGUGAAACCAGGGCCUUUUCUGUGAGGCAAGCCAAGAUUAGCAUAGCUCCCAGCGCAGUGUAAUCCACUGCUUAGCCCCCCACUCUGGAGCUGUAAUUCAGCCCAGAGGAACAGAGAGAGACAUGAAGACAGACAAGUCUAGGUUUCCUCUCAAUGUCUGCUUUGUUUUGAAGAGCUUUCCAAAAUAUAUCAUACUCACUCAGUAGAUACGUGCUUGUAAUAUAAUCAUGAUAAAGAUCUGCCCAGGCCAAAAUAAUGUAAAUGUCACUGUAUGCAAAAUUACAUCAAGAGCUUAAAAGUUCUACCAGUUAUCUGGUCUACACUAUACCUUCUCUCAUAGAGACGCGUCUCCCCCUGUUGUUCUCCCUCUUUACCAAUGACAAUGUCUAUUUAGUGUACACACAUCUCUACGCUCUGAUCUCUACAAAGAAAUACCUUUGUAUUUUCCUCCAACAGUUUAUCUAAUUUCUAAAGACAAAGUAGUAGUUCCAACUUCCCAGCGUCUCUCCCCUCCUUACCUGUCCAGACAGAUGGGUGCGAACAGUGAGCAGAGGAAGAUGCGGGCGUCGGGGUGGCACUCCCGGGCGAGCAGGGGCAGCCAGCUGGCACUCUGCUGGACGGCCUCGCCCGGCGACUCGUGCUCCAGCAGGUUGGGCAUCCUCAUGGUGGCGUAGCCGAUGUCCUGGCACAGGGCCAUGCCCGCCGGGAUGGGCACACAGCGGGAGGAGCUCCGGGGCUCCCACUGCCCUUCACUGCUGGCGGACAGGAUGGUAGCACCGGCUAUCUCUUCAGACCCGACUUCAGCCACGGCCCCAUCCGCAGUCCCUGGCCCGGCUCCAGCUCUGGUCUCCAACCCAGUUCUAACUCUAGACCUGGUCCUGGUACCUGUACCAGCCUCUGGUCCACUCUCAGCUCCAGGCCCUGCCUCCAGCCUGGCACUCCAGCCAGGCCCAGCUGGAAGCAGGAGGAGCAGGAGGAGGAGAGCAGGAGCCCAAGGAGAGGUCCUCUUAGAGGAGGUGCGAGGAGGAGGUGCAGGAACAGGCAUCAUCCCAGGAGGAGGAGAGGAAAUCCACACAGGAGAGCGUGUCUGAGUGUGUGUUUGUGGUAUGGGUCUGUAUGACAGGGAGGGGAUAGGUGUAUUUAUACUGGGCAGGCGGUGACACGUCACCUCUCUGUAGGCUUGGUCUGCAUUUGCAUAGGAGAGUGGUGGGGGAAGGGAUGGGAGUGGACCAGCAGGGGGUUAACAAUAGGGGGAGGGCGUGGGUUACAAGGGAGUGGGACAGUGCUUGAGAUGGGAUUAGAUAUGAAACCCACUCACUCACUUUCAUUUGCACCAAUGUGUUCGGAGGGAGAGUGAGAGUGAGUGAGUGUGUGCCCUGUAGUAGUGACUAAGUUAAGGAUAUCAAGGAUUGUGUGUGUAUGUACAGGUAACUGACAAAAUAAAGGAAACACCAACAUAAAGUGUCUUAAUAGGGCGUUGGGCCAGAACAGCUUCAAUGCACCUUGGCCUAGAUUCUACAAGUGUCUGGAACUCUAUUGGAUGGAUGUGACUCCAUUCUUCCAUGAGAAAUUCCAUCAUUUGGUGUUUUGUUGAUGGUGGUGGAAAACGCUGUCUCAGGCACCACUCCAGAAUCACCCAUAAGUGUUCAAUUGGGUUGAGAUCUGGUGACUGAGACAGCCAUGUCAUAUGGUUUACAUCGUUUUCAUACUCAUCAACCCAUUCAGUGACCACUCGUGCCCUGUGGAUGGGGGCAUUGUCAUCCUAUGGGGGCAUAGCCAUGGUAGCCAAAAUAAUGGCCUGCCCAGAUAUUAAUUGCUUAAUUAACUCAGGAACCACACCUGUGUGGAAACACCUGCUUUCAAUAUAAUUUGUAUCCCUCAUUUACUCAAGGGUUUCCUUUAUUUUGGCAGUUACCUGUAUGCGUGUGUGUGUGUGUUCAGGAUGUUAUGCUCUCUUGGUGUGUGUGUGUUGUCCUGACUUAGCCUUAGCCUGACUUGUCCUUCCGCCCCCACAGCUUGAGAUGAGGAAAAGAGUCCCCCUCAUGUCACGAACCCCUCCACUCUCCCCUCUCUUCGGUUGAAUGCAUUAAGUUGUGCAACUGACUAGGUAUCCCCCUUUCCCUUACCCUCCCUCUCUUUUCAAAGGCAAAGGAACCCUUUCUCUCGCUGUCUUUCUGCACUGCUGUCCCCAAGAACCCCUCCAGUCUGCACUCCCUCUUCAAAUGAUCCCUUCCACUCCCUCUUUUAAUGUCCCCUAUCCCUUUCUCCCCAUACCCCUACAAGCUCCUUUAUCCCUGUCUGACCCCGAGCCUCCUCUUCUCCGUCCCAUCUCUCAUCCCUCUAACCAACAAGGGAUUUUUCCAGAUGAAUCAGGAAUGCCUAAUUUCAUGACCUUUAUAAGUGGAAUACUUGGUCCUAUUUCUUACGUCUGUGUGUGAGUGUCUGUUGUGUGCUCAUGACAUCUGAGGGAAUGUAAAAAACGUAUUAUUGAGUGUGUGUGCAUGUGUUUCUGAAAGACCUCUGUGAGCCGAGCAUGUGUGUGAGCGCCCCCAGCGUGUGUGUGUGAACAUGCGUGUAGGAGUGAGAGGUGUUAGUGUUCUCCCACUGUGAGGCUCUGACCUGAUUCCUGUCCAGACAAGCAGGUCACUUCCUCCACAGAGAGACGGGGAGAGAAAGAGAGAGGGAGAACGGGGGAGGGAGAGGAGGAAGAGAAGGCCAGUCCCCUUCAUUCAUAUCACCCAUCUAGCUUAAUGAUGCAUGACUGGACAAUAGGGAUUAGCCGUCAGCCCCUCUCUUUCUCUCUCCCCCUCCCAAUCUCAUCAGCCAGAGGACAGUACAGGGUCUGCUGUGGGGAACAAGGCCUAUACUGUACGGGCAGGCGUCCAGCCGGAAGCCUUUUAUUAGGAGAGGAAGGGAUGGAUGGAGGGAGUGAUGGGAAGGAUGGAGGGGGUGAUGGGAAGGAUGGAUGGAAUGGAUGGGAUGGAUGGAGGGCAGGGGUGCAGCUAAGGGGUUACCAGGGGGUCCUGGGCACUCUCAUAUCUGAUCAGGAAACCUUAGACUAACAUAUAGCUGUAUUGGUCCAGCCUACUGCUUUUAGGUCACCUCUGACAGUCUGUGUAAAUCCUGGUUGUAUAUUCACACAGGGUGAGUGGGUUGGGUGGUCUUGCUGAUCUCUCUAUGCAUGUGAAUGGGUCUGAAUAAGAAUGAUGAUACCAACCUCACACAGACAGACAGACUGGUACUCCUCCAUACUAACUACUAUAUAUGAGCGACCACCAGUCCGGCUCUCACCCAGCUUCUCUCUCAGUCACCCCCCUCUGGGAGACAUUCAAUGCCUUGGCUCAUUAGCACUGUCAAUGGGUCGGGCCAUACCACAAAUAGCUCCCUGGGGGGUGACGGGGGGCCAGGGAGUACUCAUUAUCCCCAUAUCCACAAUCACUAAAGAGUCCCUAUGUACACACACCUGCUCAAACCCGGCACAGAGAAAGCUAAAGCAAACACAACCGAGACAGAUGUCGUUUAGACAAGUUAUUUCUUAACAAGUUGUAAAAUAAUUACUGCUUUUUCAGUGCAGUAUCCAUCUGUUUGCAGUGCAGAAGGCCUGAGUCGUUUUCUACUGUAACUCUGUAAUGAUAAGAACUUGUUUGUCUUCAAAAGCUUUGGUUAUGAAUUUAAAGUACUGUUUAUCAGAAGGCCAAGUCUUGAUCAGCUCUACUCCUCAGCGAUCAUGGAUUUUGUGGUUUUUUGAUAUCAGCCAAUCAGGAAUACUAGGCUAUUUGUUACAUAAAUGUAAACCUGUAACAUAAUCAGUCUUCCAUCCAUGUCAUGAUUGGUUCUACUAGAUAGAACAGUCAUGUGUGAGUCAUCAUCAUUAGCAGGGCAACAAUGAGAGAAGUCUGUAGUCAUUGAUCACGCUGGUCUGAUCUCCCAAGGCACUCAGGCCCUUUUGAUAAUGAAAUCCUUGAUCAUGGACCUCGGCUCACCUGAAGGCUGCUGGUUGUCUGUUGUUAUGCCAACAUGGACACCACCAUAUGGCCAAUAUACCACGGCUAAGGGCUGUUCUUAAGCACAACACAACGCGGAGUACCUGGACACAGCCCUUAGCCGUGGUAUAUUGGCCAUAUAUCACAAACCCCAGAGGUGCCUUAUUGCUAUUGUAAACUGUUUACCAACGUAAUUAGAGCAGUAAAAAUAAAUGUUUUGUCAUACCCGUGAUAUACCACGGCUGUCAGCCAAUCAGCAUUCAGGGAUCGAACCACCCAGUUUAUAAUGACUAAUAAUGGCCAACAGGAGCACACCCUGUCUAGACAUUAGUGUGGGAAACCCUGGUCAUCCUGUGUCUGCCCAUACAUUACACUUCUACCCAGAGCAUUAUGUUGUACAGGUAAUGAAUGACGUAUGGGACCCCCCUCUCUCUGUUCCUGUCAGAGAUCCCUGGCUUACUGUCUGAAGAGGAGUGUGGUGUGGUGGUGCAGCUGGCCCAGCUGAAGGGUCUGAUGGAGAGCCAGGCCACAGUGCCACCAGGAGACCAGGAGGAGGAACUGCAGCCACUGCUCUCCCUCAGCCCCGAGGAGACCUUCAGCCUGCUAGACCUGGACCAAGACGGACUACUGCAGAGACAGGAAGUGAGAGAAAGGGGGAUGAGGGAGGGAGGGGUGGGUGGAUGAGAGAGGGAGGGGUAGAGAAGGGGAUAGAGAGCGGCCAGCAGCUCAUUCGUUUGUGGUUGUGUGUUUCUGUCCCAGAUCUUGAGUCACUCUCGUUCACGGGACAGGACCUGGCUGAGCCCAGAGAACCUACGACAGAUACUCACCGGCCAGGAGGACAGCCCAGCAGGUACUUUGUAGUGUGUGUCUCGCUCUCCGUAGCCGAUGUGAGUAAGACCUUUAAACAGGUUAACAUUGGCAAGGCAGACGGAAUACCAGGACGCGUACUCGGAACAUGCGCUGACCAGCUGGCAAGGGUCUUCACUGACAUUUUCAAACUUUCCCUUACCCGGUCUGUAAUACCAACUUGAUUCAAGCAGACCAUCAUAGUCCCUGUGCCCAAGAACGCCAUGGUAACCUGCCUAAAUGACUAUCGGCCCGUAGCGCUCACAUGUUGUUUUUAAACUCUCUUAACAAUGUUUCAGAUGAACUACAUGUUCACUCAUUAGAUGGUUCUCCAAUCAAAUGUGUUCCCGCAUAUAAAUACGUAUGCAUUUGGAUUUGACAUUUUAAAAAACAUAGAUGAGCUGAUUUAAGAAGCUAAGAUUUAAAGUUGGCUUUUUCUACAGAAACAUUGUGUCUUUUUCUAAGCAGUAGGAAGCAGAUUAUUCAGUCAACCUGUUUAUCUGUUCUUGAUUAUGGUGAUAUUAUUUAUCAAAGUGCAGCUGCUACUACUCUUAAACCUUUGGAUGCCAUCUACCAUAGUGCCCUUAGUUUUUGUUACAGGCUACAGUUUUAAUACUCAUCACUGCAUCCUUUAUCAAAAGGUUGGCAGGACUACUAAAAACCAGUAGAUCUCUACAUUACUCCCUUUUUGUUUAAAAGGCCCUACUUCAUAAACUUCCAUCUUAUCUAACUUUGCUGUUGAAGUAUAGACACCUGAGUUGCCUAACCCGUUCACAGGAUUGGUUAGCUCUUGAGGUUCCUAGGGUAUUUGGUAUUUUAUUAGGAUCCUCAUUAGCUGUUGCGAAAGCCGCAGCUACUCUUCCUGGGGUCCAUACAGAUUGACUCAAGUAAAAGUGAAAGUCACCCAGUAAAAUACUACUUGAGUAAAAGUCUAAAAGUAUUUGGUUUUAAAUAUACUUAAGUAUCAAAAGUAACUGUAAUUGCUCCAAUAUACUUAUGUAUCAAAAGUAAAAGUAUAAAGAAUUUCAAAUUCCUUAUAUUGAACAAACCAGACGAUACAAUUAUUUAUUUAUUUACGGAUAGCCAGGGGCACACUCCAACACUCAGACAUAAUUUACAAACAAUGCAUUUGUGUUUAGUGAGUUCCCCAGAUAAGAGGCAGUAGAGAUGACCAUGGAUGUUCUCUUGAUAAGUGUGUGAAUUGGAGCAUUUUCCUGUCCUGCUAAGCAUUCAAAAUGAAACGAGUACUUUUGGGUGUCAGGGAAAAUGUAUGGACUAAAAAGUACAUUAUUUUCUUUAGGAAUGUAGGGAAGUAAAAGUAGUCAAAUAUAUAUAAAGUAAAGUACAGAUACCCCCCAAAACUACUUAAGUAGUACUUUUAAAGUAUUUUUACUUACAGUUGAAGUCGGAAGUUUACAUACACUUAGGUUGGAGUCAUUAAAACUCAUUUUCCAACCACUCCACAAAUGUCUUGUUAACAAACUUUCGUUUUGGCAAGUCGGUUAGGACAUCUACUUUGUGCAUGACACAAGUAAUUUUUCCAACAAUUGUUCACAGACAGAUUAUUUCACUUAUAUUUCACUGUAUCACAAUUCGAGUGGGUCAGAAGUUUACAUACACUAAGUUGACUGUGCAUUUAAACAGCUUGGAAAAUUCCAGAAAAUGAUGUCAUGGCUUUAGAAGCUUCUGAUAGGCUAAUUGACAUCAUGUUAGUCAAUUGGAGGUGUACCUGUGGAUGUAUUUCAAGGCCUACCUUCAAACUCAGUGCCUCUUUGCUUGACAUCAUGGGAAAAUCAAAAUAAAUCAGCCAAGACCUCAGAAUUUUUUUUGCCCAGAACAACAGCAAAGGACCUUGUGAAGAUGCUGGAGGAAACAGGUACAAAAGUAUCUAUAUCCACAGUAAAACGAGUCCUAUAUCGACAUAACCUGAAAGGCCGCUCAGCAAGGAAGAAGCCACUGCUCCAAAACCGCCAUAAAAAAGCCAGACUACGGUUUGCAACUGCACAUGGGGACAAAGAUCAUACUUUUUGGAAAAAUUUCCUCUGGUCUGAUGAAACAAAAAUAGAACUGUUUGGCCAUAAUGAUCAUCGUUAUGUUUGGAGGAAAAAGGGGGAAGCUUGCAAGCCUAGUCUCCCGAGUGGCGCAGUGGUCUAAGGCACUGCAUCGCAUUGCUAGCUGUGCCACUAGAGAUCCUGGUUCGAAUCCAGGCUCUGUCGUAGCCGGCCACGACCGGGAGACCCAUGGGGCGGUGCACAAUUGGCCCAGCGUCGUCCAGGGUAGGGGAGGGAAUGGCCGGCAGGGAUGUAGCUCAGUUGGUAGAGCAUGGCGUUUGCAACGCCAGGGUUGUGGGUUCGAUUCCCACGGGGGGCCAGUAUGAAUAAAAAUAAUAAUGUAUGCACUCACUAACUGUAAGUCGCUCUGGAUAAGAGCGUCUGCUAAAUGACUAAAAUGUAAAAUGUAAGCCGAAGAUCACCAUCCCAACCGUGAAGCACGAGGGUGGCAGCAUCAUGCUGUGGGGGUGCUUUGCUGCAGGAGGGACUGGUGCACUUCACAAAAUAGAUGGCAUCAUGAGGAAGGAAAAUUAUGUGGAGAUAUUGAAGCAACAUCUCAAGACAUCAGUCAGGAAGUUCAAGCUUGGUCACAAAUGGGUCUUCCAAAUGGACAAUGACCCCAAGCAUACUUCCAAAGUUGUGGCAAAAUGGCUUAAGGACAACAAAGUCAAGGUAUUGGAGUGGCCAUCACAAAGCCCUGACCUCAAUCCUAUAGAACAUUUGUGGGCAGAACUGAAAAAGCGUGUGCAAGCAAGGAGGCCUACAAACCUGACUCAGUUACACCAGCUCUGUCAGGAGGAAUGGCCAAAAUUCACCCAACUUAUUGUGGGAAGCUUGUGGAAGGCUACCCGAAAUGUUUGACCCAAGUUAAACAAUUUAAAGGCAAUGCUACUAAAUACUAAUUGAGUGUAUGUAAACUUCUGACCCACUGGGAAUGUGAUGAAAUAAAUAAAAGCUUAAAUAAAUCAUUCUCUCUACUAUUAUUCUGACAUUUCACAUUCUUAUAAUAAAGUGGUGAUCCUAACUGACCUAAGACAGAGAAUUUUUACUAGGAUUAAAUGUCAGGAAUUGUGAAAAGCGGAGUUUAAAUGUAUUUGGCUAAGGUGUAUGUAAACUUCCGACUUCAACUGUAAAUGUAUUUAUAUACAGCUCUGGAAAAAAUUAAGAGACCACUGCAAUUUUUCUUAAAUCAGCAUUUUUAUUUAUUUUAUUUAUUUCAUCUUUAUUUAACCAGGUAAGCCAGUUGAGAACAAGUUCUCAUUUACAACUGCGACCUGGCCAAGGAUAAAGCAAAGCAGUGCGAUAAAAACAACAACACAGAGUUACAUAUGGGGUAAACAAAACAUAAAGUCAAAAAUACAACAGAAAAUAUAUAUAUACAGUGUGUGCAAAUGUAGCAAGUUAUGGAGGUAAGGCAAUAAAUAGACCAUAGUGCAAAAUAAUUACAAUUUAGUAUUAACACUGGAAUGAUAGAUGUGCAAUAGGUGAUGUGCAAAUAGAGAUACUGGGGUGCAAAUGAGCAAAAUAAAUAACAAUAUGGGGAUGAGGUAGUUGGGUGGGCUAAUUUCAGAUGGGCUGUGUACAUGUGCAGUGAUCGGUAAUGUGCUCUGACAACUGAUGCUUAAAGUUAGUGAGGGAGAUAAGAGUCUCCAGCUUCAGAGAUUUUUGCAGUUCGUUCCAGUCAUUGGCAGCAGAGAACUGGAAGGAAUGGCGGCCAAAGGAGGUGUUGGCUUUGGGGAUGACCAGUGAGAUAUACCUGCUGGAGCGCAUACUACGGGUGGGUGUUGCUAUGGUGACCAAUGAGCUAAGAUAAGGCGGGGAUUUGCCCAGCAGUGAUUUAUAGAUGACCAGGAGCCAGUGAGUUUGGCGACGAAUAUGUAGGGAGGACCAGCCAACAAUCUCUACAUGCAUGACAGCCAUUCCAUUCCAGUGUCUGUUGAAUUCCAACACAGGCACACCUCAUUCUACUGAAUUAGGUACUGAUUAGGUGAUCACAUGAACCAAAUCUUAUUUAAUGAGGAAAAGUAUAAAAUCCACUGCUGUGGUCUUCACUAUCCUCUUGCAAUAGGACCAGCUGGAUGGCAAAAACAGUGCUAAUAGUACCUCAAAAGUAAUAUUAAUAAAAAAAUAACUAUUGACCAUGCCAAAAGAGUUGAAAAGGAACGUUUUGAGUGAGGAAAAGAAGGGUUCAAUUCUGGCUUUACUGGCAGAGGGAUACAGUGAGUGUCAGGUUGCUUCCAUCCUUAAAAUUUCAAAGACGGCGGUUCAUAAGAACAAGGUCAAGCAGCAGACAUUGGGGACAACAAAGCUACAGACCGGCAGAGGGCGAAAACGACUCUCUACUGGCCGGGAUGACUGCCAACUCAUUUGAAUGUCACUCAACAACCGUAGGAUGACAUCAAGUGACCUACAUAAAGAAAGGCAAACGGCAGCUGGGGUGAAGUGCACGGCGAGGACGGUUCGAAACAUGCUCCUAGGGGCAGGGCUGAAGUCGUGCAAAGCUAGAAAAAUGCCCUUCAUCAAUGAGAAAAAAGACCAUUAGGAUUGGGCCAUAGAGGACUGGAGUAAGGUCAUCUUCUCUGAUGAGUCCAAUUUUCAGCUUUUCCCAACACCUGGGUGUCAAAUGGUUAGACGGAGACCUGGAGAGGCCUACAAGCCACAGUGUCUCGCACCCACUGUAAAAUUUGGUGGAGGAUCGGUGAUGAUCUGGGGGUGCUUCAGCAAGGCUGGAAUCGGGCAGAUUUGUCUUUGUGAAGGACGCAUGAAUCAAGCCACGUACAAGGUUGUCCUGGAAGAAAACUUGCUUCCUUUUGCUCUGACAUUGUUCCCCAACUCUGAGGAUUGUUUUUUCCGGCAGGACAAUGCGCCAUGCCACACAGCCAGGUCAAUCAAGGUGUGGAUGGAGGACCACCAGAUCAAGACCUUGUCAUGGCCAGCCCAAUCUCCAGACCUGAACCCCAUUGAAAACUUCUGGAAUGUGAUCAAGAGGAAAAUGGAUGGUCACAACCCAUCAAACAAAGCCGAGCUGCUUGAAUUUAUGCGCCAGGAGUGGCAUAAAGUCACCCAACAUCAAUGUGAAAGACUGGUGGAGAGCAUGCCAAGACGCAUGAAAGCUGUGAUUUAAAAUCAGGGUUAUUCCACCAAAUAUUGAUUUCUGAACUCUUCCUUAGUUAAAACAUUAGUAUUGUGUUGUUUAAAAAUGAACACUAACUUAUUUUCUUUGCAUUAUUCAAGGUCUGACAACACUGCAUCUUUUUUGUUAUUUUGACCAGUUGUCAUUUUCUGCAAAUAAAUGCUCUAAAUUACAAUCUUUUUAUUUGGAAUUUGGGAGAAAUGUUGUCAGUAGUUUAUAGAAUAAAACAAAAAUGUUAAUUUCACCCAAACACAUACCUAUAAAUAUUAAAACCAGAGAAACUUAUAUUUUUGCAGUGGUCUCUUAAUUUUUUCCAGAGCUGUAUAUAUAAAAGUAUGUACCCCUUCAAAUUAGUUGGAAACUCUGCAUUGUUGGAAAAGGACCCAUAAGUAAGUAUUUCACCGGUUGUUUACAAAGCAUGUGACAAAUAAAAUACAAAUUUGAUUUGGUUUGUGUAUGUAUGUGUCUUUCCCAAAGCCUUUGUGCCGGGCUUUCCCUCUGCCAGCUGGUAGAAGUAUUAUUAAGGGGUGAGUGUUUGUGCGUGUCAAGGGUGUGUGUGACCAAGGGGGGGGGGGGGGGGGGGUGACCUGAUGCCAUUAUGCCAGGCGCCGUUUGCGUGUCCCAGUCCGGAUGUGUCCCAUCAUCUCAUUAAAAUAUGUGCCCUGCCAACCUCCUUCCUUAACAUUCCCCCGGAUCCCUCGUAACCCUCCUCCCCACACUUAUCCGCUCCAUCCUCCCCUCCUGCACCCCAGAGCUAUUGUUUAGUCUGGGGCGCUGCUUCAUAGGGGGACGAGGGGAAAGGGGGCCCGGAGGUUCAGUCAGCCGAGCGUAACAGCGAGAGAGAGAGAGAGAGAGAGAGAGGGAGAGAGAGGGAGAGGAGGGAGAGAAGAGUCCGAGAGAGAGAUAGAGAGCAGAGAGACAGAGAGAGAGAGACAGAGUGAACAUAUCCCAGAGAGAGAGAGAGAAAGCAGAGAGAGAAUGAACGGAGAGAGAGAGAAUCCAGGGAGAGGAGAACACAGGAGAAAGAGAUCCCACAGGGAGGGGGAGAGAGAGAGAGAGAUUGUCACAGGGAGGGAGAGAGAGAGAGAGAGAGAGUCCAAAGGAGAGAGAGAGAGAGAGGAGAUAGGGAGAGUCAGGAGGAGGGAGAGAGAGAGAGUCAAGGAGGGAGAGAGAGAUAGAGUCACAGUGAGAAGAGAGAGGGGAGAGUCCACAGUGGAGAGAGAGAGUCAUAGGGGAGAGAGAUGAGAGUCACAGGGGAGAGAGAGAGAGAGUCACCGGGGGGAUAGAGAGAGAGAGUCACAAGAGAGAGAUAGGAGAGUCCACAGGGAGGGAUGGAGAGAGAGAGAGUCACAAGGGAGGGAGAUAGAGAUAGAUAGAUCACAGGGAGAGAGAGGGAGAGAGAGAGUCAACGGUGAGAGAGUCACAGGGAGAGAGAAGAGGGGAUGAAGAGAGUCACAGGGGGAGAGAGAGAGUCACAGGGGGAGAGAGAGAGAGAGAGUCACGGUGAGAGAGUCACAAAAGGAGAGAGGAUGAGGAGUCAAGGGGAGAGAAGAAGUCAUAAAGGUAGAGUAGUAGAUAGAGAAGUUCAACGGGAGAGAGUGAGAUAGAGUCCUCACCAGGACGGUAUUGUGGAUAGAGUCGUAGAGUCACAGUUUAGGGGGAGCAGAGAUGAGAUAAGAGAGAUCCAGGGGGAGAGAGAGUCACAGGGAGAGAGAGAUGGUGAUAAGAGUAGUUCACACCAACGGGGGAUAAGAGAAGUCACCAGGGGAGAGAGAGAGUCACCAACACGAUUGGGAAGAAGAUUCAUAAGAGAGAGUCAUAGGGAGAGAGAGAGAGAGUCAUAGGGAGAGAGAGAGAGAGAGUCACAGGGGAGAGAGAGAGAGAGUCACAGGGGGAGAGAGAGAGAGAGAGUCACAGGGAGAGAGAGAGAGCUGCACCAGCAUACAGGGCUACAGAUACAGAAAAUGAGCGUGGGAAGAGAAAGAUAGGAGAAUAACCAGAGGAGAAAGAGGAGCUGAGAGUAACAGCCCUAAGAAGAGCGAGAUGGAGAGAAUGGAUGAAGUGAAUAGGAGAGCUGGUGAGAGAGAGGGGCGGUGUGGGUGUGUGUGUGGGUGGGUGCUAACCGUGUGUGUUGUCCCGGCAGGUGUGUUAACUCUAGAGGAGUUCAGGCGUGUGUGUGACGGCAUGUCCCAGCAUCCCUUGCAGCAACGAGCCGGAACAAGGCGGGGCCAACCGAAAAGGAAGAGCCGACACACCUGGCUGUACCAGGGACCAGGAUCACACCAUAUACUACACACACUGAGGAACAGGUAACACUCACUCAGUUUUCAUACUAACUCAGUUGUCAUACUGUUUUUAUGACUUUAUUCCGGCCUCUCUCCUUCCUUAGGGUGACCCAUCUAGCGCGUCUGCCCUCCCCAUUGGUUGAGCUGAGCGAGCCGCUGCAGGUGAUUCGCUACGAGCAGGGAGGCUUCAGCCACGCCCACCACGACAGUAGCCCCUCCCAUCCAGAGACCACCUGCUCUCACACACGCCUGGCUGGAAACACUUCGGCACACACCGAGAUCUCCUGCAGGUGUGUCUCUUUCUAUAUAUAUGUGUGUGUGUGGGUGUCUCAGUGUAUCCAUAUGCUUGCUCUAAUUUUCAUAGGUUGUCAUCUUUUUAGGGUGUCCAUCUGUUUGCACUUUGAUCCUCCCAUAUUCUAGUCAGAUUGAUAUAGUCCCCUUAAUAUACGGCUCUUCCCUCCUUCUCCCCAGGUACAUAACUGUGUUACUCUACCUGAACUCUGUGGAGGGAGGCGGAGAGACCACUUUCCCUGUGGCAGACAAUCGUACCUAUGAGGAGGAGGUGGGUGACCAUACUAUAAGUACUGUCAGUGUUAAGAGUUUUUGCUUUCAUGUUGAAUGAUGAGAAGACUACUGAUUUCCUGAAUUGUGCUGCUAUUGCAAACAUAGUGCUGAACAAUGACAAGGAAUCUGACUAAGAAGCACUUGUCAUGCUUCAUAUAAGGAGCAUAGAGGAGCUGCAGUUUUGUUGUGUUUGCAUGGCUGUGUGUGUCCUCCAGGCUUUAGUGCAGGGUGGUGUGGAUCUGACAGACACACAGCAGAGUUGUGACAGAGGAAACCUCAGGGUGAAACCAACCGCUGGGACUGCUCUCCUCUGGUACAACCAUCUCUCUGAUGGCAAAGGUAUGUUCCAGCACACACACACUGCUCCAUUCUUUGUGACUCGUUUUCUCCGUUAACACCGUAAGCCACUAGUCAAACCCACUCUCCCCUCCCCUGUCCUGCAGGUUGGAUGGGUGAGCUGGAUGAGUACUCCCUCCACGGGGACUGCCCUGUGACCCGAGGGGUGAAGUGGGUGGCCAACAGUUGGGUGAACGUGGACCCAGACCACCAACGCCAAGCUCGCUACCAGAGACUGGUGACCCACAGACAGGAGGGCGAGACGGGCAGAGAGGAGCGGGACACCCCCCUCCCUCACAGCAACCUCCACCAGGACCUGUAGUAAUGUAGCUAGGGCCACUGGAAACACACUGUGGGGAGAUACACACUUUCCUUUAAGCACACAGGGGCAAAUCAGAACUUCCACUUAAGUAGAUAGAAUGUUCCCUUAGUCAUGUUGCAUUGAUGUCAAUGGGAGACU